UGAAAAGCAAACAAAAUGGCUGCGUCCAUGGAACACGAGAAAAAAGAAAACAAAGUCAUUAAAAGUGUCCCUAAGCAAAGUAACGAAAAAAGAUUAAUAGUCGUUCUUGAAAGGGCAUCAUUAGAAUCUGUCAAGGUUGGCAAACAGUUUGAAUUGCUGAAUUGUGAUAAACACAAAGGCUUAGCGAAGAAAUUCAAGCGAGACAUCUCCCUGUGUCGUCCAGACAUUACGCACCAGUGUUUGCUGAUGCUGAUGGACAGUCCAUUGAACAGAGCAGGACUUCUCCAAGUUUAUAUACACACAGAGAAAAAUGUCUUGAUAGAAAUUAACCCCCAGACCAGAAUUCCUCGAACAUUUGACAGAUUCUGUGGACUCAUGGUCCAGCUAUUGCAUAAGUAUAGCAUUCAUGCUGCAGAUGGACCACAAAAGUUGUUAAAAGUCAUUAAGAACCCAGUCAGUGAUCAUCUCCCUCUUGGUUGCAAGAAAUACGGAACCUCAUUUCAUGUUGAAAAAGUCACCAAUCCUCGGGACAUUGUUCCAGAAAAAGAGCCUGUUGUUGUUGUUAUUGGGGCUCUCUCACAUGGCAGUGUUGAUGUGGACUACAUUGAAGAUUCUAUCUCCAUUAGCAGUUACCCCCUGUCAGCUGCCCUAGCGUGUGCCAAGAUCUGCUCGGCGUUUGAAGAAAAAUGGAAUGUUAUCUGACCUUGGCUGUCAAGGUCUUUUCAUUAUGCUCUGCUGGAAGGUGUUUGUCUUUCUGUUAUGCAAUGUGCAUUAAUCUUGAGGUUUAACCAUGAAAAAAAAACAACCUUGGGCUAUCAAUCAAGUCCCGAUAUACCUGUACCCCAUUUUUUUUCCCCCGAUACAGGUGACCCAAGAAAAAUUAGAAUGUCUAACACUAAAUCUGCUAAAAUGUUAAGUUUAUUUCUUCUUUAGAUACAAAAUGUAAAAUUGUAAAUAAAUUUUAAUAAUAACAGUG